AUGUUUUUCUUUCAGCUUUACCAACAGGGCCGCUUAUGCCAGCUGGGUAGUGAAUUUUGUGAACUAGAAGUUUUUGCGAAGGUGCUACGUGCUUUAGAUAAAAGGCAUCUGCUUCAUCACUGUUUUCAGGCUUUGAUGGACCAUGGAGUAAAAGUUGCUUCUGUACUGGCCUAUUCUUUCAGCAGACGGUGCUCCUACAUAGCAGAGUCAGAUUCUGCUGUGAAAGAAAAAGCAAUCCAGAUUGGUUUUGUUCUAGGGGGAUUCCUGUCGGAUGCAGGUUGGUACAGUGACGCUGAGAAGGUAUUUCUUUCCUGCCUUCAGUUGUGCACCCUUCAUGAUGAAAUCCUUCACUGGUUUCGUGCUGUAGAAUGCUGUGUAAGGCUGCUGCACGUUCGGAAUGGUAACUGCAAAUACCACCUGGGAGAAGAGACGUUCAAACUCGCCCAGUCCUACAUGGACAAGCUUGCAAAGCAUGGUCAGCAGGCAAACAAAGCAGCUCUCUACGGGGAGCUCUGUGCCCUGCUCUUUGCCAAGAGCCACUACGACGAGGCUUAUAAAUGGUGCAUAGAGGCUAUGAAGGAGAUCACAGUUGGCCUGCCUGUCAAAGUAGUAGUGGAUGUUUUACGACAAGCUUCAAAGGCUUGUGUUGUAAAACGUGAAUUUAAGAAGGCUGAACAGCUGAUUAAACAUGCAGUAUACCUUGCUCGGGAGCAUUUUGGAGCCAAGCACCCCAAAUACUCCGAUACGCUACUAGACUACGGAUUCUACCUGCUCAAUGUAGACAACAUUUGCCAGUCAGUUGCAAUUUACCAGACAGCUCUUGAUAUCCGGCAGUCAGUAUUUGGAGGUAAAAACAUCCAUGUAGCCACAGCUCAUGAAGACUUGGCUUACUCCUCAUACGUUCACCAGUACAGCUCUGGGAAGUUUGACAAUGCACUAUUCCAUGCUGAACGUGCUAUAGGCAUUAUAACUCACAUUCUUCCAGAAGACCACCUUCUCUUGGCAUCUUCAAAGAGAGUUAAAGCACUCAUCCUGGAGGAGAUUGCAAUAGACUGUCACAAUAAGGAAACGGAGCAGAGGUUACUCCAGGAAGCUCACGACUUGCAUCUGUCCUCGCUCCAGUUAGCUAAAAAAGCCUUUGGGGAGUUCAAUGUGCAAACAGCAAAACACUAUGGCAACCUUGGAAGACUGUAUCAGUCGAUGAGAAAAUUCAAGGAAGCAGAAGAGAUGCACAUCAAGGCAAUUCAGAUCAAGGAGCAGCUCCUAGGUCAAGAAGAUUAUGAAGUUGCCCUGUCAGUGGGUCAUCUAGCUUCCCUCUAUAACUAUGAUAUGAAUCAAUAUGAAAAUGCCGAGAAGCUUUAUUUGAGAUCCAUAGCAAUUGGAAAGAAGCUUUUUGGUGAAGGAUACAGUGGACUUGAAUAUGAUUACAGAGGUCUCAUUAAACUGUACAAUUCCAUUGGCAAUUAUGAGAAAGUUUUUGAAUACCACAAUAUUUUGGCCAAUUGGAACCGGUUGCGGGAUCGGCAGUUCUCCGUCACGGAUGCUCUGGAGGACGUAAGCACCAGCCCUCAAUCCACUGAGGAGGUGGUCCAGUCUUUUCUCAUGUCUCAGAACGCUGAUGGACAGAGUAGCUAAGAACUCAGCCAAUUACCCAGUUAAGGUUUUUUCCCCCAGGUUACAGGGGGAAAAGUCAUACUGUGAAAUCUAAACCAUGUAGUUCUCUGGGGGCUGGAAUUUGCGUUGAAACACUGGUCCAGUCUGCUGAAGAGUGCCCAUACGGAUGAAUGUGUGUGAAAUCCCUAUCAGCAUGUGUAUGGCAUGUUUAGUUCGGCUCAUUUUUAACUCGGUAUUCCUGAAAACCUCCUUUCUCUCUUCUUUCAAAAGAAGCUACUUUGCAGAAAGUCUGCAAGAAAACGUUAAAUAAAACUGUUUGAGUUCAAAAGAGUUGCAUUCUUAUUAUGAAUGGAAGGUUUCAUCGAGAGCUUUCUUCUGACGUACGGAAAGAAUCAGUGCUGUGCUGUAAGAAGUUACCUGAGAAGGGUCUGACUGCUGUGUGUCCUCAGUGUAGCAAAGCUGAUCCUAAAUACCAGGAGGAGGGAGAGUGCCCCAGCCUGGGCUGCUGCCUUACGGAGAAGAGUGGCAAAGAACCACUUUGGAGAGCAAAAUCCUUUCUGUGAACCACGACAGGUUGUUGAGGAAGUAACCACCGUAUGUUUUCAAUAUCCUGAACUGGACCAGUGUUCACCUAGGCAUGAUAGAAGAUCCAGUAGACCAGCAAUCCUAGUUUUCCUUGGUACCAACCAAGAGUGCUAAUCUUCUGAACAGGACCAGGAAAAUCAAAAGUGGACCAGCCUGCUAGAAACAGUUUUUGGACCAGUGGCUUUAAUUUAAUAUUUCUGCCCCUGCAUUCACUUUUACAGUAGGAUUAUUUCAUUUAGGUGUAUGAUCAGUGCAAAAUUAUAUUCAUGUAAUAGAUACAGACCUAGGGAGUGAACGUCCUGUAGCGGUUGCGCUGGCAUGUCUGUACCUAGUGAACUUAGGCCAAUACUCCUGCCAGUGCCACAGGCAGGAACUCAAACGCUUAGCUCUGCUGCAGCCACCUCUUCCCUUCUCAAGGGGCUUACUCUCAUCGUUGAGGCAGUCACUUGUUUAUACCAGUUAACAGUUUUGUAUUACAAUCCAGGUCAAUUUUCUGUUUCUGGAGAACACAACUUAUUGUACAGUCGCAGGGGUCAGUGGAAAAUGCCAAAAAGCACAACAGUUUUUCUUUUUUUUUUUUGUGAUGCUUCAUUUCUACAUUAAACAAUAGUACAACCA